UUUGCGAACAAAAGACUCGUCCCGACACGCGCGCGGAUGAAUAGCCUGUUUUCCAUGGUGUCCAAUGAAAUGCUCCUUUAACAUGACGUCCCCUAGCCAUGCUCACAUCACGUUUUACUCCAUCCAAUCAGGAGCGGAAGGAUCUGAACCCCUCUUUAAAAGUUCGCCCAAAGCGAAAGCUGUUUGUUAAGAGGAUGAGAGACAAACAGGCAGGAAUAUUUUCUAAAACCCUCUGGAAAUACUGGCACUCGUAUAGUGACUGUUUCUUUUCGUUGAUAGGUUUGAUAUAGCACCACCAUGGCCGCUUCAGCCAGUUCCAAGCUGAGCAAAGCUGUGAAACAGCAGUACAUGGACCUCCCUCAAGGAGACCAGGUUCAAGCUAUGUACAUUUGGAUUGAUGGAACCGGAGAGGGAUUGAGAUGCAAGACCAGGACUCUAGAUUCAGAACCUAAGACCAUUGAAGAUCUUCCUGAAUGGAACUUUGAUGGUUCCAGCACAUAUCAGUCUGAGGGGUCCAACAGUGACAUGUACUUGAUCCCACAAGCCAUGUUCAGAGACCCCUUCAGGAAGGACCCCAACAAACUGGUUCUGUGUGAAGUCCUCAAAUACAACCGCAAACCUGCAGAAACCAACCUUCGUCAGAUGUGUAAAAAGAUCAUGGGUAUGGUGCAGAACCAGCAUCCUUGGUUUGGAAUGGAACAAGAGUACACUCUUCUUGGCACAGAUGGUCAUCCAUUUGGUUGGCCCUCCAAUGGCUUCCCUGGACCUCAAGGUCCAUACUACUGUGGUGUGGGAGCCGAUAAGGCCUAUGGACGAGAUGUUGUAGAAGCCCAUUAUAGAGCCUGUCUGUAUGCUGGAGUAAAAAUCUGUGGCACCAAUGCUGAAGUCAUGCCUGCACAGUGGGAAUUUCAAGUUGGCCCUUGUGAGGGGAUUGAGAUGGGAGACCAUUUGUGGAUCGCCCGCUUCCUCCUGCACAGGGUUUGUGAGGACUUUGGCAUUGUGGCCUCUUUCGACCCCAAGCCCAUUCCAGGGAACUGGAAUGGAGCUGGCUGCCACACCAACUUCAGCACGAAAGAGAUGCGUGAGGAAGGGGGUUUGAAAUACAUUGAGGAGUCGAUUGAGAGGCUGGCCAAGAGACACCAGUACCAUAUCCGUGCCUAUGAUCCUAAAGGAGGGUUGGACAAUGCCAGACGACUGACCGGUCAUCACGAGACCUCCAACAUCAAUGAGUUCUCUGCUGGAGUGGCUAACCGUGGUGCUAGCAUCCGAAUCCCACGAUCUGUGGGCCAGGAAAAGAAGGGUUACUUUGAAGACCGUCGUCCCUCAGCCAACUGCGAUCCGUACGCAGUCACUGAAGCUCUUGUACGCACAUGUCUGCUCAGUGAAGAAGGCGAAGAGCCAGUGAAAUAUUAGACUGAAAUGUUGUUUUUAGUAGUGAAAUAUCUUACUGAUGCCUUGUAUUUUGAUUUCAUUAGUCCGUCUGAAAUGUGGGAUGAUUGGGUCAGUUUAUGCCACAGUUUUAGCUUUCUCACUGCCAGUGUCUUUUUAUAUCAGGUUUGUGGAUGUAAUGAUACAAUAUUCCUUUUCAGAAAUCCUAGUUUUGAUAGAGACAGAAUUUUGCAUGUAAGAUUACUGCAACUACUUGGCCUUUAAAGUUGUUCUUGUAUCAAACUCUUGAUUUGUGUUAUCAAAUUUAACAUGUAGAUAUUUUAAUGCCUUUUAUGUAUCUUUAUCAUUUUAUUCACCAGGUUAUAAAUUAUGGUACGGUUUCUAACAGGGACCAAAAUGCGUUUAUACUGAUAUGGCUCUGACUGUUCACAAGUUUGUGCAUUUUAUAUUUACAGUACCAUGGUUCC